UGUUCUGCUGUCAGUGGUAUAAAACACUUCCACGUUGUUGCAUUUCAGAGCAACCUCGAGAAUCUAGAAUGAUUUUCUUUGUGAUUCUUGUGUUGCUGUCCUGCACUGAGGCUGAAGGUCUCCAACAUGUGUUUGUGCUGCAUGGAAAGGACUUACACUUGGAUACAGAGAAACUUGUUAAACUUGACAAACAGACAGAUGUUUUUUCCUGGAAAUUUAAUUCCAGUACAAAUAUUGUAAAAUGUGUUUUAAAUAGUGAUCCAGCAGUGCUUGAAAAAUAUGAAGGAAGGGCUGAGUUGUUUAGACAAAAUUACUCUUUGCUAUUAAAGAAUGUGCAACACAGUGACAGUGGAGAUUAUACUGCAGUUGUGUCUGGGGACCAAGACCAAAGGGUAGCUGAAUACAAGGUCAUAGUUCAAGAUCCAGUGACUCCUGCUGACCUGACAGUGGAGUCUGUGUCCAACAGCUCAGACUCCUGUAACCUGACUGUGACCUGCAGCACAGUGGACUUUAACAUCAGCAGUAGUUUUAGAUGUGAUGGUAAAAUCUGCUCUCAUGCAGGAGAAAAGGAUGUGAAGGCCACAAAAACAUUUUCGUCUUUAAGUGUUUACCUGCAACAUGACACCAUUUUCUGUAAUCACAGCAACCAAGUGAGCUGGAAUCAAACCAUGAAGGUGCUCAAAUCUGACUGUGAAACAAAGACAGGUAUCUCCAUCUGUGUGGUGAAGACAGUCGUGUUCUCUGUUGGUCUGAUCAUCAUGGUGAUUGCUGUCAUCAGUGUCCACAUUAUGGAGAAGAUUAAGAAGCGAAAAUAAAGAAGAGGCUUUCCACUUACACACACAUAACUUGUAUGGUUUUAGAAAAUGUUGAAGUUAUAGAUACCAGUGGUCGAUAACUACACAGGUUAACACAUUUUGGGGGUUUGCUAAUUUUUAUGCAGAUACCGUUUUUUGUUAUAUAGCACAAAGUUAGGCAUUGCAAAUGUUUUGUAAGUAUAGACAUUUGCACAUUUCAUUCAGUUAAUUUUCUGUUGAAUGUAAACAUAACAAACGCUCCACAAGACAUGCAUGGCAAACAUGUUAAAAAUUCUCAAAUAUCACACAAGGAAUCUGUAUCACUUUGUAAAUAAAAUGCUUGUUGCUCA